CGGAGAAUAUCAAAAUAAAAAUAAAUAUCAUAAAAGAAACUUGUGCGGCUUUCUGGCUUUUAAAUUAAUAUAUUAAUUAUUUAUCGUCUGUUUAUCGUUUGAAAUAAUAAAAAUAACAGUUGAAACGAUGGACGUAGACGUGGACGUGAAAGAAGAACCCUUCGACCCAAAUGAGGAGAUUAUUAAAACGGAACCAGAUCCAGUUUCCGAUGACACGGAUGGAUAUUGGUGUUCUACAAAACUACAAACUUUUAAAAACGAUCAUGAAUAUGCGCUUAGUGAUACUGACAAUAUGCGUGAAUAUCCAACAGGACUAGUAAAUUUAGAUGAUAUCAAACAAGACAUUAGUGAAUGUAAAGUGCCUAAAAUUGAACAAUCUUUUGAGUUUCCUGAAAACAUUGAAUAUGAUGAAUCAUUAAACACUAUUAAAAAAGAAACUGGGAACACUAACGAGUUAAAAACGGCAGAUAUCAGUGAUAUCAAGCCAGUGGUUAGCGAACUUUUGACUUCGCAUUGUGAUAUACCGACUUUAAAAAGUGAGGACUAUUUUGAACAGCCGUGUAGCAGCGAACAAACCGUAAUAAAAACAAGAUCGUCAGUUUGCGAAAAAAAUUACUCAUCUUCACAAUCAAGAUCAAACCAAACUAGCGGACAUUUUAAAAAGUAUCCUGUAAUAUAUUGUCCAUCUUCGCAAUCAAGAAUAAACCAAACCGGUGAGCAUUUCAUAAACCAACCUGUAAUAUCCAAGACACAAUUAGUAACGCAUACUACAAACACUGAUGUCAAGCUGUUUUGCUGUAGCAUUUGCUCUAGAGAAUUUAAUCGCAAAUCUAACUUAAAACAACAUUUAUUAAUUCACUCUAAUCAAAAACCGUUUAUAUGUGCCAUUUGUAAUAAGGAAUUUAAUCUGAAAUCUAACUUAGCCACACAUUUAAUAAAACACACUAAUCUAAAACCAUUCAAGUGUGAUAUUUGUUCCAAAGGGUUUAAUCACAAAUCUAUCUUACAGAAACAUUUAUUAAUUCACUCUAACAAAAAAGCAUUCAAAUGUAACAUUUGUUCCAAAAAGUUUUUUCAUAAAUAUAACUUACAGAUGCAUUUAAUAACGCACACUAAUGAAAAAUUAUUCCAGUGUAAUAUUUGUUCCAAAAAAUUUAAACGUAAAUGCAACUUACAGAAGCAUAUAGCAAUUCAUUCUGAUAAAAAGCCCUUUCAGUGCGACAUUUGUUUUAAAGAAUUCAAUCAGAAAUCUAACCUACGAAAACAUUUGAUAAUUCAUACCAACGAAAAACCAUUUAAAUGUGACACUUGCUCUACAAAAUUUACACAGAAAUCUAGUUUACAACGCCAUUUAAAUCAUUCACAUUGAUUGCCUUGAUCUCUCUACAAUAUUAAGAAAUACACCUAACAAUUUAAAUGAACGAAUGACAGUUGAAAUGCGACAUUUGUUCCAAAGAAUUUAAAUAUAAAUAGACCUUACAGAAUCAUUUAAAAAGUCACACUAAAGUAAUUAAAUCAUUUGUGACAUUCAUUCUAAAAAUUUUUGUAUUAAAUCUAUAUUUAAGGAACAUUUAAUAACACAAACUAAUGAAAAAUCGUUUAAAUUUAAAAUUUGCAGUGACACAACUUACAGAUUCAUUUAAAGUUUAUCUUACCCAACCAAAAAAUUAAUCUUGUGUUCAAAAAAUUCAUCUAACAAAUUUAUCACAUAGUUACUGAUGAGCAAAUUUUGAAAGAUUAGGUAAGCCGUUUUUGAAAAAAAAAUAUAAUUAAUUAUAUAUAUAUUUUGUCAAUUCAAGUAAGUAAAAAAGUUAUCUUUUAUUAGAUUUUUUUCAAAAUUGUUCUACGCGGUCUUUAUGUCAUUGUUAUACUAGGAGAAUUUUUUACCAUUUAAAUGUGACGUUUGUUUCAAAGAAUUUAAAUAUAAAUCUCUGUUAAAUCGACAUGUCACAAAUCAUACUAAUGAGCAACCAUUCGUGUGUAACAUUUGCAACAAAAAAUUUACUAAUAAAUAAAACUUAGAGCAUCAUUUAUUAAUUCAUGCAAAUAAAAAACUAUUAAAGUGUAAAAUAUGUUUCAAAAAAUUUAAUUAAUUACGGAUAAUUCAUACUAAUGAACAGUGUGGCAAGAAAUAAUUCAUAUUAAUUAAAAGUCAGUGAUUUAAUUUAAUUGAUUUUUUUCAAAAAAGUUGCAAAUUAUUUCAAACUUUUUCCAACAAGGACAAAUUGCAUUAGCAACCUCAAAUUGAAAUAUCUGGUAACCUUAAAAUAAUGCAUCUCUUCAAAUUAUUAAAAAUUGACCCGAUUUGAUUAGAUUAACGUUUUUUUGCAGAAUAUUCCUUUCACAAAUUAUACUUGUUCCAUUAUGUUUCUUGUAUUUGAAGUCUUUUCUUUAUAAUUACAGAUUGUCCAUCUUCGCAAUCAAGAAUAAACCAAACCGGUGAGCAUUUCAAAAACCAACCUGUAAUAUCUAAGACACAAUUAGUAACGCAUACUACAGACACUGAUGUCAAACCGUUGCGCUGUAGCAUUUGCUCCAGAGAAUAUAAUCACAAAACUAACUUAAGACAACAUUUAUUAAUAAUUCACGCUAAUGAAAAACCGUUUAAAUGUGACAUUUGUACUAAGGAAUUUACUCAGAAAUCUAACUUAGUGGCACAUUUAAUAAGACACACUGAUCUAAAACCGUUCAAGUGUGACAUUUGUUCCAAAGAAUUUAAUCAGAAAUCUACCUUAAAGAAACAUUUAUUAAUUCACUCUAACGAAAAAGCAUUCAAAUGUAACAUUUGUUCCAAAGAGUUUAAUCAUAAAUAUAGCUUACAGAGGCAUUUAAUAACGCACACUAAUAAAAAACCAUUCCAGUGUAAAAUUUGUUCCAAAAAAUUUAAACAUGAAUGCAACUUACAGAGUCAUAUAACUAUUCAUACUAAUGAAAAUCCAUUCAAGUGUGAGAUUUGUUUUAAAGGAUUUAAUCAAAAAGGCAACUUACAAAAACAUUCAUUAAUUCACAAUAGUGAGAAACCAUUCAAGUGUAACAUUUGCUCGAAAGAAUUUACUCAGGAACAUAUCUUAAAGACGCAUUUAAUAAUUCAUUCUGAUGAAAAGCCGUUCCAGUGCGACAUUUGUUUUAAAGAAUUUAAUCAGAAAUCUAACCUACAAAAACAUUUGAUAAUUCAUACCAACGAAAAACCAUUUAAAUGUCACACUUGCUCUACAAAAUUUACACAGAAAUCUAGUUUACAACGCCAUUUAAAUUAUUCACACCAUUGAGGUAGUAUUAUAGGGAGACACGAUCACGUGGUCAAAAGCGGCAUUAGUCCGACAUAUUGAGCGCUUUCUUUUAUGUCAUCUGGGUUACUCGCGAGCAGUACCAGAGCUGCUCCUGACUCUAAUUGACCGUUUUUUUUAACGGGGUUUGUUGAUCUGUAGCAACUCCCACAUGUUCUCUUCUCCCCUCAAGCACAUUGUUACUUGUCUUGUCAAUUGUCAUUGGGUUAUCGGUUUAAUGUCAGAUAGAUUUUAUAUAUCUUUUAUAUAUUAUAAUAACGAGGUUUUUCGCUGACUAAAGAUUAAAAUGAAUACACAAAUAGAUUUAUUGAACUUAAUGAUCUACAACUAAAUAAAAAAUACCGUCUACUUGUUUCUAAUGAAGAUUUCGACAGAGCAUCCAUAGGUAAUGAAUUAAAAUUUAAUAAAUGUAUACAUACUGUGCAUAAAUUUAUAUUUCAGAUGAAGAAUUUGCCAGGUCCCUAAUAAAUCAUUGUAGGGUAACUUCAAAAAUGCCAUUCAAUUCACCAGUGGUUGAAAAUACUGAUGCCCAAUCAUCUACUUCUGUGGCAAAUCAAGUACAAUUAGCAUCUUCGGAAAAGUGCAUUUGGUCAUAUAAUAAAACUAUGGCACUUAUAAAACGAUUUAAAUUUUAAAUAACUGCACCAACUGCACUGACUUUGACAACUGACAAGUGUCAAUAAAGGAGUUCGCCGUAGACCGUUAUCACAUUGCGUUCGGUCUGCCAAGUUCCUUUAACUUCUUUAACACUUUUAACUCCAAACGACCCUUUUAGCGUUCGGUUUAGUCCGAUUAGUGACAGUUUAACACGCUUAAAUGUCAUUUAAAAGCACCCUAAAAUUUGUCCCGCUCCAGCCCCUGACUAUCCGAACUCGCCUUCAGUCGUUCUUUUUUGACGUCAUAGGGUUCCAUACUCUAAGAACAUUAAACACUUAAAAAUAAAGCACUCAGUCAUUGCGUUCGGUCUGCCAAGUUCCUUUAACUCCUUUAACACUUUUAACUCCAAACGACCCUUUUAGCGUCCGAUUAGUGACAGUUUAACACGCUUAAAUGUCAUUUAAAAUUUGUCCCGUUCCAGCCCCUGACUGCCCGAACUCGCCUAUUGAUGCGACACUUACGUCAAACAAACGUUGCAUUGUUGUGAUUUUAUUAAUUUGAUUUUAAUGGUCGAGUUUUCGUGUUUUUAUUUGCUUUUUGUGUGAUAUUUAUAUAUUAUAGUAAAAGACAAGAAUGGUUUCAUGUGUUCUUCGUAACUGCAAUAGCAGGAAUGACAUUGAUAAAAAUAAAUAGACAGGAAUAACAUUUAAUGGGUUAGUAUACAAAAUGAUAACAAUAAACAGGGUAGUAUUUGAAAAUUUGUUUGCUUAUUUAAAUAGUUUCUGUCAUAACAUGUUUUACGGUAAUUAUUUCAUGUACUUACAGUUUUCUGUAUCUUAUUAUUGUUAAUAUAUUCCAUUUUAUGCUCUACAAUCAUAUAUAACAGCAAACUCUUAAAUAUUUUAACUAACAAAUAUAGCCCAAAUGACAAUGUUUUCCUUUCACAUUUCCUAAGGAAGAACAUUUUGUCAGGGAUUCAGUCAGGGAGUCAGUCAAUGUAUUCAACAUACAUUAUUUGCCAGACCCUUUGUCAGAAUUUUUCAAAUUUAUUUUUGCCUAUAAAGCGGGAUAUAUUGUCCAAUUUUUAAAGAAGUAAUACGAUGGAUUUGUAUCUAUUUUCUUUUAUAGAUCUGUAUCAGCAUCUGCAACGUGUGGAGGGUGAGUUAACCCACGGCACUCGAGGCUCACUAGACUAAUUUGUAGGGGGUGAUACAGAGUACGUAUUUUGACAGCCCCAUGGUAUGGAGAUGAUUCCGUACUUGACAAUGACCAGUCAGAAUUCCUGUGAUUAUGCGCAGAUUCUGUUUAGUCAUAGUCAAGUAUUUGUUUGCUGUAGUGUUGUUAGGAUAACUUAAAAGCUCCCUUGAAAGACUGCAGCUUCUUGUUUCAUCCCAUCUUUCCUUUAAUUUUACAAGGGAAUGUUUUUUAAUUAGGUUUGUCCCUAGCGAUUUGUCAGUACGACACAUCACCUAACCUUACUUACUUAUGAAAAGACACUUAAGCAGUCACAUUAUCCAGUUUUUUUUGCACAAAAUGCACUCGCGAACAAUGUUGUUAGCUAUUGUCACGAAGUCGUGUUUUUUGUACCAGUUUCGUUUUUGAAAGAAAAUACAAAAUAUAAAAAAAUAUAUAAUUUAUUCAAUCUCAACCACACCUCAUUUACUUUAACAAUAUUUUUAAAAUGUUUUGGUACACUUACCACAUUUCUUAAGCUUGGGGCACGUCACAAUCUUCCCCAAAAGGCACAAUGAAAAACUUUAUAGUUUUUAAGGAUUUUUAAAUUAUAUCAAAUAAAUGAGUCUCUUUUCGAGUCCACCUUUUUCGCUGUCGAGUUUACAACUAACUUCCUUGUUUAAUUUACAUACCUAAUUUUUUGAAUAUUGCCGAUCUGCACAAUUUUUCGUAGUAUAGCCAAACUUAAAUUACGUGGUUGAUGACCUGACAUUAUUUUAAUUAAACAAUAUAAUUUCGUUAUUAUUUCCUACGUAUAUUAGCAACUCGGCAGUAUUUUGUAAUCGUUUUUAAAUUUGUUUAAUUAGGUAUGUUUUGACUUAAUAAAAAAUGCUGAAUUAAAAAUAAAAUGUAUUUGUUUAAUUUACUUUAAUUUGCUUUAAAAAACACUAAGAAAAAUUAUUAUUAAUAUUUUUGGGAUUUGUGACACUAAAACUAUAAGACGUAAUAUUUCCAAAAAUGUAUAAAAAUCAACAGAAACACCCGAUAUGGAACAAUUUACUGUAAGGCAACGUGUCAUACUAUCGAUCGAUAAAAUACUAUACGUGACGUAUAGUAUGAAUGAAACAAGGUUAUUGUCAAUUGAAGUGUUGUCACGUUUAACGCAUUUAAAAUCCAUGCAUUUAUUUGCAGGCCUAUUAAUGUUGUUUGCCUUAGUAUCUGCAAAGAUGUUAUUUAGCAGGCGUAUGUACAGGGUGCUUUAUGGGAAAACGACCAAAGAUAUAAAAAAUUCGUUUGGGAGGAAUACGUAGGUUACAGACGGCUACAAUUUAAAAUUUGUUAGAUGUAUACAGGAUGUCCCACAUAAGAAAAAAAAAUAGUUCAUUAAAAAUUAUUCAAACAAGAGUAAACAAUUAAUUUCUGGGAGACUUUUUUUCCUUAAAAAUUCAAAUAAAUCGAAAACUAAUAAUAAUAGUAAUAGGGGACCUUUAGUUAACUGACAUUACUUUUGAUGUAGUUUUUAAUUCUAAAAUAAAAAACAGGGUGUUCCAUUAAAAAUAAUAUAACUUUGUAUAUUUUCUCUUUUAAAAUGUUGGAGGCACAAAAAAUGUUACUUUAUGGAACAAAUUUCACAUCUUGAAUUAUAUACGAUUCUCUAUUCUGUUGUUAAAAGAGCUGUAAAAAAGUUAUAGAGUUUUGUCUACUUAUUGUGAUUUCAAAUAUAAAAAAAUGCCUUUAGGUGGAAGCUUUUCGAAAAAAUGUUUGUUGGGAAUUUUAUCCCUUUUUUUUGAGUCUUUUUAAACGAGUUGUAUAUUUAAAAUUACUGUUUUCUUCCUAUCUGUAUUUUUAUUAAUAUAUUUAUAUUUCUGUAUUAUGAGAAAGCCUUCUUUCCACUUUAUGGAAAGUCAUAGUAAUUUUAUCAGAAUUCUUUGGUUCAUAAUGAAUGAUAUUUUUAAUUUAUUAGAUACGUAUUAAUGCGAAUUAUAUUGAAAUAUUAAAAAAUCUGUUUUGUAAAAUUGUUGACUAUCAGGGGAAAUUUGGGAAGGUACAUCAACUUCAAUUUUAAAAGAAGUAAAAUUGGGAAUAAUGAAGAUUUAUUAACGACAGGGUUAUUAAAUAUAUCUCUCUGCUGAUUUUUCUAAGCAAUCUAUAAGUAUAUUUACUUGUAUGUAUAGUAUAUGGCGACAUAAAUGUAAAUAGGUACAGUUCCAUACAAAUUGUUAAAAAU